UAAGUUUGCGGUCAGCAUCCACACACUCAUCACACCUCUUCACGGCUGCCAAUAAUCAGAAGAAUCAGAAGGACUCGGGGAUGUCAGGAAGUACAAUCCCAUUGGGCAGCACUGCUCCUGCAGUCUCGGCUGGAGUCGUGGAUCUAAGAUUCGGACUGUCCGACUAUACUGUCUUUAUUGUAAUGCUGAGUAUCUCCGCUGCCAUUGGCGUGUACUUCGGCUUCUUUGCCAAGGCCAAGAACACGACCGAGGAAUAUCUACGAGGUGGCAAGAAGAUGCAAGCAUUACCGAUAGCCAUAUCUCUGGUAUCCAGUCAACUUUCCGGCGUUGCUAUCAUGUCUGUUCCUGCCGAAAACUAUACAUAUGGUUUUAACUUUAUAUUCACCGUGCUGGCCGUGAUUCCAGCUAUACCCAUUAUUAUUUACAUAAUUGUGCCCACAUUCUAUGACAAUAAUAUUGUCAAUUGCUAUGAGUAUCUGGAGUUGCGUUUCAACAAACGCACGCGACAACUGGUGACCAUGACUUUUAUUUUAAAUCAAUUUCUGAUGCUUCCGGUGUACAUGUUUAUACCCUCGCUGGCUUUUUCACAGGUUACUGGCGUAAAUAUUCAUCUUAUCAAUGUUGUCGUCUCAUCGAUCUGCGUCUUCUACACAAUGCUGGGUGGCAUUAAGGCCGUCGUCUGGACGGAUGUGGUACAAGCUGCCGUUAUGCUGAUUUCCGUGCUAAUGGUCGGCGUAUUGGGUACGAUGCGAACGGGAGGACUAGGCACGGUUAUAGAGUAUGCUACUGAAGGCGGACGCAUGAAUUUUGAUUUUGGACUGGAUCCGCGUUUGCGAUCCACUUUCUGGAGCAGUUUUAGCAGCGGCUUAAUGCUCUGGAUGGGAAAGAUUUCACUUGAUCAAAGUUGUGUGCAACGAAUUGUCUCCUUGCCAUCGUACACUCAUGCUAAAAAAUCUCUGCUUGUUGCGGGAUUUGGCUUUCUGAUCAUCAUGUUCUUUACUGCCUUUGCUGGCAUCAUAAUGUUUGCUCGUUAUUACGGAUGCGAUCCCAUGCUGGCUGGCCUGGUCAGCAAGCCGGACAAACUGAUGCCCUUUUUUAUACAGGAUAUAAUGGGUAAUCUGCCUGGCAUGCCAGGACUGUUCAUAUCGUGUGUUUUUAGUGCAUCCCUCAGCUCCCUUUCGGCCAGUCUCAACUCCCUCGCCGGCGUAGUUUAUUUUGACUAUAUUAAACCCCACAUUCGACAUACAGAGGCUCGAGCCAAUGGAGUCAUGAAGUUGGUCAUUGUUGGCAUGGGCGCCUAUUGUAUUUUGGGUGGUUAUCUUGUGCAGAAUUUCAAGUCCAUAUUCCAGACCAUGUGGACAAUUACUGGCAUCAACAUGGGCGCCGUUGUGGGCAUAUUUCUUCUGGGAAUGUUUGUGCCCCGUGUCAAUGGCAAAGUGGCAAUGACUAGCAUUUUGUUUAGUGUGGUUGUCAUGGCUUUGAUCAUAAUAAAUGGACAGUUAAACUUUAAAGCCGGUCUCGUUAAGUACGAAAUAUUGCCAAAUUCCCUGGAUCAAUGCGAGGCAAGAGGUUUGCACUCAAUUCUAAAUGCCAUUAACACUUCUUCAACUCUAUUGCCAACAAUCGCAGCGACAACUACAACUCCACAUAAUGUUACAACCGCUUUUGGCAGCAAUCGAGAGUUCUCCAUAUAUGACAUAUCAUUCUAUUGGUACAAAAUACUAGGCGCUAUUUUAAUAUUCCUCUGGGCAGUACCCAUGAGCUUCGUCUGGCGAAGGGAUACAAAUGAAAAGCAAAAUCCCAAACUAUUUUCACCAUUUGUGCGACGUAUGUUAAAUAUUUCCGAUCCAGUUGUGGAGCUGGAGGAAUUGCCACUGAAACAAACUGAGAAAGAGAACGACGUUAAAUAACCUUAAUAAUACGCACGGUUA